AUGGAGUCGCUUUUGGUAAAUCUUAAGAAACAAGUUACUUGUUCCAUUUGCCUCGAUACCUACACAGAGCCCAAAACUAUAUCAUGUCUUCACACGUUUUGCUGUGAAUGUUUGGAGAAACAUGCAAGAGUGAGCCAGAAACAGGGAAAAUUCCGAUGCCCGGAGUGUCAGGCAGUGAUCGAUUUACCAGAAGGAAAUCGCUUCGACCGUUUGCCUAACAGCUUUUUCCAUAAAAGUCUCUUGAGUCUUCUCGCUGUUCGACAGAGUGGUGAUGCAAGUAGUAUUACUUGUUAUCAAUGCAGUGCAACCAACCCUCAGAUGUACUACUGCUUCGAUUGCGGACGAUUCAUGUGCCCUGAUUGUUUCAACGCACAUGAGCUGCUCAAGAAGUCUUUUCAAGGACACAAAAUUACGCCAGUUCAAGACUUCAAAACAGAAGAUUACGAAGCAUUGUUAAGGCAGCAACCGUUUUGUUCACAAGAGUUCCACGAGAGAGAAAUUACACGGUUUUUUUGCUCGCAGUGUCAAGUUUGCAUUUGUCAAAUUUGCAUAGUCACGGAUCAUCAAAACCACAAAGUUGUUCUUCUCGACAAAGCAGCACACGAGGAAAAGGAUAACAUCAUUUCGGGCGCUAAAUUGAUCAAGAAAAUGGAAAGCGAGCUCCAGGAAGUCAUUAAGCAGUUUGAAGAAACCAUUUCUAAGCUGGAAAGAAAUAUGGAAACGGCUAAGCGAGGCAUCAAGCAAACAGCUGAACAAAUGAUCGCAAAUAUUCGAGAGCGCGAGCGAGAGGCGUUAGAAUCCCUCGAGGCAACAUGCGUGUCGAGACUCUAUAAAAUUAACUUGGCCAAACAGGAAGUGGAAUCCUUAGUAAAACAAAUGAACCAAGCAGCUCAGUUUGCGGAAAACCUGGUGCAGAGAACCUCAAGCUCGGAUAUUAUGCAGAACAAGGAAACUUUAAAGACCAAAUUUGAAGAGCUUCUACGAGUUGAAGUUCCAAAACAUCAGCAGACCACAUUCAUCAAAUUCACUGCGACAUCUCAAAAGGACUUCAAACUGGGUUUUAUUGAAGUCACCGAGGGCACCGCAAACGCAGCUACAGCAACUUUAGAAGGACUAGAUCGAACUUUCCAGGCUGGUGUAGAAGCAGAGUUUACGUUAUGUCCAAAGAAAUCUGGAGGAGAGAUGAGUAACCAGGCUGGUCUUAGAGGUCGAGUUGAAUUGCUGAUUAAACCCGUCAAAGAUGUUACAGACGUGAUUGUUGAAGAGAAAGAAGACGGCAAUCUUAGACUGAAGUUUACUCCCAAAGUACCUGGCGCCUAUAUCAUUGAGGUGAAGAUUAAUGGCGAUAAACUACCGACCUGUCCCAUGACUGUGCAGGUAAAAGAACGUGAACUUGUUGUGGUCGGUGAGUUGAAGUUAAAGUUCUCUCCUGGAGACAAGCCUGUAAACUUUUAUGGAAUUGCUGUUAAUACGAAUGGCACGAUAGUUUUGACAGAUAACCAUGGCCACUGUGUUUAUGUCUUUAACAAAUAUGGCAACUGUUUGACUAAAAGUGGAGGCGAGGGUAGCAAUACGGGACAAUUUCAGUACCCUAAUGGCAUUUCGUUUUUAAAUGACAACGAAGUCCUGAUUGCAGACUUUGGGAAUUGUAGAAUACAACGACUUAAUAUUCAGACAGGAACUGUUGUGAAAAGUUUUGGAAAAUUCGGUAAAGGAAAAGGAGAGCUAGGUGAUCCAGUAGACGUUACUGUGAAUGAUGAAGGGAGCAUUGUUGUAACCGAGAGGGACAAUAAUAGGAUACAGGUGAUGUCAAAGGAAGGAGAGUCUAUUUUCACAUUUGGAGACAAAGGCCAAGAGAAACUUUUAUGGCCAACCUGCUGCAUUCCUUACAAAAACAUGUUUCUCGUAACUGAUGCAGGCUGCCACUGCAUAAAAGCUUUUGAUCAGUCAGGAACAUUCUUAUACAAGUUUGGCAAACAAGGGAAUCAAGAUGGACAAUUUCAAUGUCCGAGUGGUUUGCUUGUAGACAGCUCCAAUAAUCUUCUAAUAUGUGACUUUGGCAAUAGCCGAGUUCAGCAGUUUUCUUUAGAAGGUCGCUUCACCGGCAAAUGUAUCACUCGUUUAUCUAAGCCUAUGGCGAUAACAACAGCACCAGACGGGCGUAUUCUUGUUCCUAGCUUUGACGAGAAAAAAGUUCACAUUUUGAAAUAGACUUUUUCAAAAGUGAACUUUACUUCUUGAGCCGCUCCUUACCUCCGUUUGGUUUUAUUUUUUAAUGCUGUUUUAUCACUUGUCUAGAAGAACUCCUAGCGAUAAUAUCAAGACUUUCAAAUACUCUUAGAGGCAAAAACCUUUUGACUUGAAGUGAUUAACCCAGGUCUCUUAAGUCCGUCAGUUUCAAGCCGUUUUAAUCUUCUCCAUCCCUCGUCACUUGGCCAUCUAUGUUUCUUCUCGGUUUAUUAAUAUCAUCUUCAAUUGUUUUUCUCCGAUCUGAAGGCUUUGUUUUUGUUUUUUCUUUAAGUUCGAGGUAUUUUUGCGCAUCGUCGGUAGUGAUUUGAAAAAUAAUCUAGACCAAGAAUUCUAACGGCGAAUUCUAAAAGAAUUGCUAAUAUAGCAGAAAAACUACUUGCUCUAUAGAAAUAUUUAAGAGCUAGUGUCAACAUACUUCAGACAAACAGCGGAAAGUCCCCAAAAUUCGUUUUCUCCCCUGGUUUCAUAUUUUGUAGCCCAAUAUGUCCUAAUAAUUGUGGUGUAGUUUUUUGGUGAAAAUAUAUUUUAGUUUUCGAGAAAUGAUUUUUUUCGUUCGACUGCUCAAAAAUGCAAAUUUUUACCGCGAAUAUUACCCGAGUUGUGUGACUUCUUGUAACGAAUUUACUUGACCUCCGGCAUUUCUGUCAACAUGAUCCUUUGUUUUAUCAUUUAAACUUAAUCCCCUGUCAUUAUUGAGUGGAAUAUGUUUAAAAAAUAAGUUUCAAGGCGACAGAUAAACAGUUAUAAGUCACAAACUGAAGAGGUCAACUAAUAUAUUGAAUGUCAUCACUAAAGUCCUGACAGAUUUCCGUUCUGCUUUCUCGGAAAUCCAUAUAUAGUCGUACAAAGUAGCUUUAUGGUUUUUCAAAAGAAAACUAUUUAUUUUCUGUUUUCAAUGAAUGAUGUCUUCAAAACCAUAGGCGUUUUGAUAUCUGUGCGUUCAAAGAUCUCUGGCAAUGACUAAACCGAGGAUAUAGACUUCAAAUGAGACAGAUGAGAAAUAUGGUCAAAUGUCUCGCCAGAGGAAUGCAAAUCACAAAUGCAAAUUAUUAUUUGGGUUUCCAGCUGACGACGUUGUUGUCAACCAAAUUUCCUUUCAUGCGAGAAAGGGUUGCCACUGACGAUAGAAUAAAUAAGUCUAAGUUGUAGAAUCCGAUUGGCCAGAGGAAGUCAGUUGUCAUGGACUUUGUGCUGUUUUCUCGGAAACUGAAAUAGUAUCCCCUCGUUUCAGUGUUUUGACAGGGAUCGUCGCUUGAAUAUCGAAUGAGUUUAGUACAGUUUAACUGACGAUCGUCAUGGAUCCUCUCUUUAAGAAUCUCAAGAAACAAGUUACUUGCUCGAUUUGUCUCGAUACCUACACGAACCCAAAACCAUAUCAUGUCUUCACACAUUUUGUUGUGAGUGUUUAGAGAGACAUGCAAGAGUGAGCCAGAGACAAGGGAAAAUUUCGAUGCCCCGAGUGCCAGGCAGAAAUCGAUUUACCAGAGGGAAAUCGCUUCGACCGUUUGCUUAACAGCUUUUUUCACAAAAGUCUGUUAGGUGUCAUUGAGGCGGAAGAUCGCCAAGCCAUUCCGAGGCAGCAACAGGGCACUUGCUCGCAGCAUACGGAAGAAAGAGUACGAUAUUACUGCUCCUCGUGUGAGGUGUAUGUUUGUCCGAUUUGCAUCACCGAAGACCACAGAGGCCAUGCGUUUGACGUGCUUGAAAAAGCAGUGCAAGAGGGAAAGAAAAGCAUAAUGUCUGCUGUCGAGACCAUCAAGGAAAAGGCAAACUUGUUUGGAGCAGAGCUAAGAAAAUUAGAGGAAACUUCAGAGGAUGUGGAAAUGAUUAUCGCGAUCGCUAAACAAGAAGUGUCGGAGGCAACUGAACACGGGAUCACAAAGACGCGACAACAAGAAAAACAGCUCUUAGAGUCCUUAGAAAUGACGCGUAGGAGGAGAAUAGAGCGAAUCAACUCGGCUAAACAAGAACUGGAAUCUCUAAUAAAAAUAAUAAACCGAGCAGCUGAAUUUGCGGAGAAUCUGGUGCAGAGAAGAUCAGAUCGGGAUAUCAUACAGAACAAAAAUAAAUUAAGGCAGAAACUUGAAGAGCUUCGUGGAGUUGAAGUUCCAAAACAUCGCCAGGCUACAUUUGUCAAAUUUAUCGCCGCAUCGCAACACAACUUUAAACUGGGUUCUAUUCAAGUCUUCGAAAAGCCGGAAAUCGCAGUGAAAUCAACUCUAGAAGGAGUGGAUCAAACUUUUCAGGUUGGUGCAGAAGCAAAGUUUAAUGGCGAUAAACUACCGACCUGUCCCAUAACUGUGCAGGUAAAAGAACGUAAACCUGUUGUGGUCAGUGAGUUGAAUUUAAGGCUCUUUCCAGGGGACACGCUUGAACGGUUAAAUGGAAUUGCUGUGAAUACAGAAGGCCAGUUAGUUGUGACAGAUAACUCAGGCCACUGCGUUUAUGUUUUUGAUAAAAAUGGCGACUGUUUGAGAAAAACUGGAGGCAAGGGUAGCAAUACAGGAGAAUUUCAGUACCCUAAUGGCAUUUCGUUUCUAAAUGACAACGAAGUCCUGAUUGCGGACUCAGGCAAUUACAGAUUACAAAGACUUAAUAUUCAGACAGGAACUGUUGUGAAAAGUUACGGAAAAAAAGGCCGAAAAAAAGGAGAGUUUCGCUGGCCAGUAGACGUUACUGUGGAUGGUGAAGAACGCAUUGUUGUAACCGAGAGGGACAAUAAUAGGAUACAGGUGAUGUCAAAGGAAGGAGAGUCUAUUUUCACAUUUGGAGACAAAGGCCCAGAGAAACUUUUAUGGCCAACCUGCUGCAUUCCUUACAAAAACAUGUUUCUCGUAACUGAUGCAGGCCACCACUGCAUAAAAGCUUUUGAUCAGUCAGGAACAUUUUUAUACAAGUUUGGCAAAGAAGGGUAUCAAGAUGGAAAAUUUCAAACGCUGUAUGAUUUGCUUGUAGACAGCUCCAAUAAUCUUUUAGUAUGUGACUUUGGCAAUAACCAGGUUCAGCAGUUUUCUUUAGACGGUCGUUUUACUGGCAAAAGUAUCACUCAUUGCUAA